GCAUACGACCCUUGACCGACGUCAAGGACCCUGUAUAAAAGCUUCCUAGAGGAGAUGAGGCUUCUUAGCAGAGCUUAGUUUUAGACACGCCUGCCAAUUAGUUACCAAGUAGUGCCCAAAGGGUCAAUCUCGUGGUGAUCUGACGAUGAAGAUAGUGCUCAAAGUGGCGAUCACCUGCAAGAAGUGCAAAACCUGCGUCCUGGGGAUCUCAUCAAAAAUUAAAGGGAUCAAGUCGCUGACAUAUGACGACGAGAAGAGCACUCUGACGGUUGUGGGCGAGGUGGACGUGGUGGAGAUCGUGGCGGCGCUGCGCAAGGCAAAGCACCCGGCGGAGGUGGUGUCGGUGACCGACGAGAAGAAGGAGGCCGAGGAGAAGAAGAAGAAGGAGGAGGAAGAGAAGAAGAAAAAGGAGGAAGAGAAGAAGAAGGAGGAAGCAGCCAAGAAGAAGUGCUGCUGUCCCCUGCCGUGCCCGAUAUGCCCCAAGGCGUGCCCUCCGCCGCCGUGCCCCCUGCCGUGCCCCCCGCCGUACAUGAAGCAGUGCCAGCCAUGCCACAUCCCCAUCGAGGACGAGUACCCCGGCCCCUGCACCAUCGUCUGAGAGAGCGACGCCAUGGCCACCUAUACCAGUACCAGUUUGUUGCCGAUGAAAAAAUGUCGCAUCCUCUUCCAGCAGGCGCUUGAAUUAGCUCGCGCGAUCGGUUCCAAAGAUUUGGUUUACAUGGACAUUCUCUUUCUGAAUUCUGAAUCUUUCCAUUCUUGAGUGAUCUUCCAUGAUUAGCACUUUAGCAGCCGAGACCGACAGGUGCCUGAAGGAUAUCAUGUAGUGGCAAUUGUCAACAUUCCAGUAAGUACUAUCUAUAGCUUUGUAAUAACUUGCAUCCUUUGCUCCAAGAAAAAAAAACAUCCAAUCGAAUGCCAAGAUCAAGAUGCCAAUGUGACUGAAAAAAUAAGAUUAAGAUGCCAAUGCAAGAA